CCUAGACUCUCUGGAUUUUAGGACAACAACAAAUCGGACUUGGAAGUUGGAGUGUUUUAUUUAACAGUUAAAUAUUUUGUUAAGCAUCGGACUAUAAGUGUGUGCGUUUACGAUGGAUUAAUAUAAUAUUAUGAAUGUGAAUAACAGAGUUAGGAUAUAAAACUGGAAUAAAACUGUUGGCGCACGCGCACUUAUUUUCAAGAAUGAGGAACGGCUUCAUUGUCUGAGAAAAAAAUCCCACGUGUAUAUACAAUUCUGAUUAGCUGACAGCUCGUGUAUGGCAAAGCACAGGCGUACCGGACAAGGCAAAUGCACGAGGGAUGUCGACUGCAUCGUAGAUUACCAUCGAUUGUCGUCUAAACGGAUGCAGUUGACAGCUUGUGUUUUUUGUUGUUGAUAUAGCAACUUGCCCAACCGCAUUGUCCCGUCGCUGGAUACACUCGCUACCAAAAGGAUGGCAAUGCGACGCAGGAAUAUGACGUGCAACAUUCUCAAUCAAUGGGAAAAGUGGAACAAUUGACAGUCUUAGUUUGGUUUGCGGUUGGAGACAACAUUCAAAUGGAUGCUUAAAAACGUACCCAAACUAGACCACAUGUGUGACGUUAUGAACCAUUUUAAAUUAACCAAUAAUUUGUUUACUCUAGCCAUAUUUGCCAAUACGUGCGUAAAUAUUCUGGAAUAAAUCGCCGGCUAUUAAGUUUCUUACGGAUGGAAGACGAUGACAUUAUUGGUGAUUAUUUUAGUGACCGCUAUUUUAGCGGCUUUAAGCCUAGUCCUGCAAACGAUUUGUUCAAUAAUUCCUGGAUGGGUUAUACUUGAAUCGAAGGAAGUGGACAUUUAUGCAGCACUGUGGUACAUAAUUGUGUGUGAACGUGAGUUUAACUUAGUUGAAAACCGCACCUCCGCGAAAACGUGCGAGAAACUAUUGUACAGCCAACUCGAAGACCAGGCGAAUUCUUCUGUUAUCUCACACUUAAGUACGGCGUUCAGCACCCAGACCGGGUCCCAGAUUCAGGUGAUGUCAUGCUGGCUCCUAGGGCUAGGUGCGUUCGUGUUGGCUAUCAUUAAGUGGCGGGCAUUCCAGACCUAUCGCAACACGGAGACGGUGAUCCAGGAAGGAAAAACGUGUACCGGUACUGCACGUGCAAAAUUUCUCUACAUUGGAGGUUUUGGAGCGCUUUUAAAUAUUUUGUCAGGUGUUUUGCUUUCUCUUGCUAUCAUCGACUCCACGAGGCGCUACAUUGGUUUGGAGACGCCGCGCCCGCAAGUCCCCUACCUGGUCUUCAUAGCAGGAGCUGCUGUCGUCUGCUCAAUAGUCAGUAGCGGUCUCUGCGUUUACGUCAUAUACCGCUCGCGACACGCGGUGUAUAGGCAACGUGGCGCGUUUAAAGCCGACGACGUGCCCGCAAAAGGCGCUCAACAGACUGCACCCCUCUCGAACUCCGAAGAUGAAGGCAUGUGUCACAUCCAUGCGGACGGUGACUCUGAAGCAAAGCAUAUCACGGUCGACAGGGGAGAGUAUAUGUUUGGACUCGAGUAUAGCUAUGAGAGGCCGCCGUCGGACAUGUAUAGAACUCAAGGCACUCGGAAACCAGAUCGACCUAUCCACCCGUUUCCUGGAUACAAACCUUCAAAGCAGAACCUCAAGGGCCAUGACCGGAAGUGGUGGUCAAAGAGACGACGUUACAAGAUGUGUAUCUGUGUGAUGAAAGAUACUGGAGACAAAGUCGAUACUGUUAAUAAAGCCGCUUCAUAAUUGAUGACAAUUGGGUCGAUAUAUAGACAUCCAGAUUCCAUUUCUCGUCAAAAGAAGGCAAACUGUUUACUGCGUGACGUAAAGAUGUCCAAUAGCCGUCUCAAGUACGCUGUACUGGUCUGCUUUAUUUAUGAAGUGGUAAACACACGAUAUACCUUUGUGUUUAUCAAGUGAUUAGUUGUUAAUAUGAGCCUCGUUCUGGAAAAAUGGGCUUUAUGCAUGUGCGUAAGGCAUUUCCCCAGAUAAGCCUGUGCAGUCCGCAAAGGCUAUUCAGGGGCGACACUUUCCACGUAAACUGGAUGUGCGGUUAGAAGAGACUUUAUUUUAACAAAAUAAUCAAUAAAAGCAGAAAGUGUCGUUGCUGAUUAGCCUGUGCAGUCCGCACAUGCAUUAAGCCCAGUUUUGUAAAAAUGAGGCUCUAUUGAUUGACCUUUCCCAUCUGUUAUCAUUUACCCCUUUAAUGAAAACGUGUUGUCAACCAAAUUUUCAUUAACAAUUUUUGCGCGCGUAAAAUGCUUGCGGGUAUUGUUUUCCCACGAACAGAGCCAAACCUAUGAGUAUGUAAGAGAUAUGCUUGCUCGGUCUUAUUGUUCUGUUUGUCCUUCCCUUUUUGCCAACCUCAGAAAACAUACGUGUCGAAUCUUGUUAAUAAAACAGAAAAAAAAUUAAGGA